AUGAGGACCCAGCGGGAAGAACAUGGCGUCACCCUGGACACCACCAAACUGCCUCCCACCGUCCUCAGCCUGCCAUCCAUACCUACUCUCCUCCAGCUGAGGAAGCGACUGCAGCUCCCGUUCCGGCUCCUCGGCAGCUGCGCCAGGCUCCCGUUCCGGCUCCUCGGCAGCUGCGCCAGGCUCCCGCUCCGGCGGCGCUCGUCCAGCGGCCGCCACCCGUCCUUGCUCCGGCGGCGCUCGUCCAGCGGCCGCCACCCGUCCUUGCUCCGGCGGCGCUCGUCCAGCGGCCGCCACCCGACCCCGCUCCGGCGGCGCUCGUCCAGCGGCCGCCACCCAACCCUAUUGCCUGGCCCCUGCAUUACCAUUGGGUUAGGCACCGUGGCCGUCCGCCUGAAUGGCCCUGUAAAGACCCUGGUGCUUGGCGUCCUGGACGACCUCCUGAACCGCUCAGCCAAGCACCUCACCUCGGGUGGCCUGGAUGGCCACCAGACUGACCUGAGGGCUGGACUCUGUACCCUCCUCCAGGCCCCCUUCCGCCCACCCUGGGUUGGUGACUUUUUGGUUGUUGUUUGGGGAACGUCUGGGAUCCGUUCCUUUAGAGGGGGGGUACUGUCAUGGUCUGUGUUUUGGUUUGGGUUGUGUUUAGUUUUGUUCCAUGUUUUCCUGUGUUCCAUGUUUGUCGUGUGCUCAUUCGGUUGUUGUGUCCACCUGUUCUCGUCUACUUUGUGUCGACCAAUCAGCUCUCUCCAGCCACUCGUGUCUUGUCCAGGUGUUCCUCGUUGUCUCGUCAAUUUGUUUGUAUUUAGUUCACUGGUUUCUUUCAGUUCUUGUCGGUUCAUUGUCGUUGUCACAUGUCUUGCCAUGUCAUAGUCACCAGUUGUCUUUAUCAUUGUGAUUAAAUAUUAUUUUGAGAUUCCUUCCCUGCAAUUGGGUCCACCAUGAUCUUGCCUUGCGUUCCUCUCCUUCGCCCUAAGCAAGCACGUACGUGACAGAAGCCCAGUGAAGAGCUGUUUGCAUCAAGGACCAUUCACAGCCCAGAAUCCAAGGACUCUUAUUGUUCGUCAUUAUUAGGUGACCAACGGUCAGUGACAGUGCUUGAUCUGAUAAGUUUGAACAACAACAAUAGGUACAUUUUGUGACUAUGACUACUCUACUGUAUGUGUUAGUCUGGAACUGUAAUGCUGCUACUAUGACUACUACUAAUACAUUUGUUUUAUAUGUAUUGUUUGUAGAUGAUGAAAUACGCUUUUCAGAAAGAAAUGCGUAGAAAAAUAUUACAACAUUUUUUAUAAAUUUGAGGAAGUAAUAAAUAAUAAUAAAAUAAGUUACAGUAUUUCUCCAUUGCUAAAACACAAAACUCUGUUGUCUGAAUCAAAUGGUCGAUGCCCUACACCCACUUAUAAAAAUGGUCACCCUUUUGGCAAACAAAACUAUAGCACUUUUCACCUAGUUAGACUCGACUUGCGAACAUAUUUUCACCCACUAAACAUUUACAUUUUGCACUGUAAUGCUCUUGUGUUGCACAUGUGGCAAAAGUGAAACUCAAUUAAAGCACAGGUUUCUCAGCAUUAACACAGCAACUAAAAAUGUAUCACACUUGGGGCUAAUGAGCUGAAGAAACCAAUAUAAGCCAGUUUGGGGAGGCCUGGUUGUCGAACAUUCAAUAGAGAUCGAGACUAUCUGAGAGACAAUAGAGCAGGGGUGUCAAACUUAUCUUUGUCAUGGGCCUGAUUGUAGUUAUGACUUCCCCCGGAGAGGCCGCUACAACUGUGAACCCAUAUAAAUGAAAGAUUACCUAAUAUAAUUACAUACAGUAUACACAACACAUUGAUGAAUAACCAGUUUUGAAAUCAGAAGCCUAUAAGAACAUGUUUUUCAAGAACACCAGAACACAAUUAGCAAUUUCGAUUUGCUUUCGCGGGCCACAUAAAGUGAUGUGGCGGGCCGGAUCUGGCUCCCGGGGCACCAGUUUGACACCUCUGCACUAGAGCAAGAGUAAAAGGUGGUCAAAGAGGAAGAGGAGAGAGAAGAGGUGUUAGACAAUAAACAAUUACCGUACGUGCUUCAGAUGAAAUACAGUCAACUUUCGCAGACCUAAGUCGGCCUAAUUGCUUUUUUUCAUUACGUACAGCAUGACUCUAAACAGAGCUGUACACAAAAAGGUAUUUCAGUCCAGAAAUUUUCCAUUCUACUUGUGGGCCUAAUCCUUUUUCAUAUUUUGUAUUUUCACUACAAGUGCUAAACAGGAUUUUUGUUUUGUUUUGAAAAAUGCAUUACUAUUGUCAACAAUAAAGAUUAUUUCUGCAGC